CCUGAGAGGAAGACGCGGCGCCGUUUGUUGGGAAUCUCACCGCGCGACAGGGCACGGCACGGCAGGCUUUGGGGAAGUCGGUGUCCCGCGGAACCCGCGCCUCCCACCUGGAUAUAACCGGACGCACGCGUGGCGGAGAAGCGGAAAAUUAUGGCGACGUUGGGACCGGAGUCGGCUCGCCCUCCCCUCGCCCAGCUCGGAUCUCCCCCGUCUAACCAGCCUCACGUCGGCUGCGCGAACCUGCCUCCCAACCGGGGCUUGGAGCGCGCGCUGGAGGAGGCGGCGGCCAGCGGUGUGCUGAACCUCAGCUGCCGCAAGCUGAAGGAGUUUCCCCGGACCGCCGCCAACCACGACCUGAGCGAUACGGUGGAGGCAGACCUCUCAAAGAACCGGCUCAGCGACGUCCCCUCAGAGGUCUGCCACCUAGUCGCCUUGGAGACACUAAACUUGUAUCACAACUGCAUCAGGACCAUCCCGGACAGCAUCAUCACCCUACAGUCGCUCACGUCGUUGAACCUCAGUCGGAACCAGCUGGGCUCUCUGCCGUCGUGCCUCUGCGGUCUACCUCUGAGGGUCCUCAACGCCAGCAACAACAAACUGGUGAGCCUGCCGGAGACCAUCGGGCAGCUGCACAGCCUCAUGGAGCUGGACAUCAGCUGUAACGAGAUCACGGCCCUCCCCCGGCACAUCGGCAGACUCAAAGCGCUGCGGGAACUUAACGUGCGGCGAAAUCUCCUCUGUGUCCUGCCAGAAGACCUGGCCGACCUCCCGCUGGUGAAGUUCGACUUCUCGUGUAACAAGGUGUCCACCAUCCCGGUGUGCUACAGGAAGAUGAGGCAGCUGCAGUCGCUGCAGUUAGAGAACAACCCGCUACAGAGUCCUCCUGCACAGAUCUGCAUCAAGGGUAAAGUCCACAUAUUCAAGUAUCUGAGCAUCGAGGCGUGUCGCAGCGAGAAGAUGCCCGACUCGCUGUACCUCCCUGUCAUGGAGCGACUCAGUUUCACUCGUCCCUCCACUGGCAGUGUGGAGGACAUGGAGCAACAGAAGAAGCAGGACAGCGACUCAGGAGUCGGCAGUGACAACGGAGACAAGAGGCUGUCUGCCACCGAGCCUUCAGACGAAGACAGUCUGAGUCUCAACGUGCCGAUGAGCAACAUUACAGAAGAGGAGGGAAUCAGCAAAGACGACUCCAGUGAACACAUCAGCUCCCUGACAGCCGACCCGAACUCUGACUCGGUGCGCCUGAUAGAAGAGAGUCCUACGGAAGCCCUGAAUGACCCGCUGACCUACAGAGACUCGUCUCUCAGCAGCCGCUUCAUCGGCUACAUCAAGGGCCGAACGGCAGCGGACUUCGAAGAGCCCCUCAGGAUAGAGGAAGACUCACACUGGCAGACAGAGCAGAGGUCAAAGGUCUCGAGGGGCACAGAGCUCCAUAUUGACAUGAUUAACCAGCUACAGGAGGCGGUGGAGCUGCUGCAGAACCCCAGCAGAGUGAGCGCAGAGCAGGAUGAUCUGUCUGAAGUCCAGCUGUACCCGGUGGAGAUGGUCACCGUGGAGGAGUCCUUCAACGGACAAGACAACGAUGAGGGAAGCACAACACCAAAGCGCAUGGAGGAGGGAGGCUAUGAGUUCCAGAAGAAGAGGCGGAUGAUUCUAGAAAAGGCCCGCUUUGAGGCCCAGCUUGCGUGCCGGGACUAUGAGUGGCAUAUGUCCCUGAAGCAAGAACAUCGAUCUCCAACCAUGGGAUCUUCGUCUCUCUCCAGUCCGCCGUUUGGGCUGAAACCUCGCUCGGCCCCGCCCUCACUGCCGUGCUCACCCCCUCCUUCCUGUCUAGACCCCUCCCUCCUCUCACAGGCCUCACCCCUACAUCGUAGACAAGGCGACGGAGGCAUGCUCAGCGCGGUGUUCCUGCGGAGCCACAAGAGCAUGGAGUCAGUGGACCCCCAGUUCACCAUGAGGAGGAAGAUGGAGCAGCUGAGGGAGGAGCUGGAGCUCAUGGAGCAGCUGAGAGAAAUCAUCGAGAGCCGACUGAAGGUGGCCCUCCCUGAAGACCUGGGCUCGUCUCUGAUGGACGGCGUCGUCCUCUGCCAUCUGGCCAAUCACAUUCGCCCUCGCUCCGUCGCCAGCAUCCAUGUCCCCUCACCCGCCGUGCCCAAGCUCAGCAUGGCGAAGUGCCGGCGGAAUGUGGAGAACUUCCUGGACGCCUGCAGGAAGAUAGGCGUGCCGCAGGACAAGCUGUGUCUGCCUCACCACAUCCUGGAGGAGAAAGGCCUGGUGAAGGUGUGCGUCACGGUGCAGGCCCUGGUGGACGAGGCCUCCUCCAAAUGCCCCGUGCUGGUGUGAGCGGCGGCGCAGCGGGACCGACGCCGCUCCGCGCGACGUGACGCCGUGGUUCACGUCUCCCGUCGUUCGCAGCAUCGCAGCACUUUGAAUUUCUCGUCAGCUUGCAGAAAGGGAACCAAUUCCGUCUGGAGUGGGUUUACGUACUAACUCAGAAAGAGGAACGUUGAAUCGAGCGGCUUGGCUCACUGCAGGUGUUUUUUUUUGUGUUUUUUUUAAACCCUCAAAAUCAGGAGUUUGGGAUCUUUUUUUGUUUGUUUGUUUUUUUACUGUGAUCAGCUAAAAUGGCAGAUGUAGAGCCCCACAUUUUUUAUGUUUUAACCUAGAUUAAGAAAAUCUUCACACUGGCUGGUCCCCAUUAUUUUUGUAAAAUAUGAAAAGGAGAAAAGAAAUUCACAGAGGACAAACAGAAAUCGAGAGGAUACAGUGGACCCACGCAGUGUUUGUGGAUUUUUCUGUGGAUCGUAAAUUCCGAGUUAUUCGUGGAAAAUUUGUCUACUAGCGUUUUUUUGCAGAACAUAUCUAAAAUAUUAGAUAUUAUCAAAUAUUGAAAGGAAAAUGCAGCUUGAGAAGCUGGAAUAUCUUAGUGCAAUGCUACUUGACACAAUAUUGGCUGGUCUUUGCACAGCAGUGUUUUUAUGAGGGCACAAAUCUUUACACACAAAUUUGCAAAACUAUCACUUCACGUUUUUCUGUCCCAUAACAUACAACAAAAGAUAUUUUUCCAAGGCUGUGUUCAAAUACACUUCAGCUUAGAGAUGUUUAUUAGACAUAAGGAUUUUGGCCAAUCCAGGACAAGCAUCAUGGAUGACGUAAUAAUUAUGAAUUACAUUUAUAGGAUAUUUGUUUGGACCCUUCCAAAAGUAAUAACUAAAUAUUACUUCCCCCAAUGCUGUUUCUGUUGACCCUUUGCAAGUACGUCAUCUAAUCAUGUAAAGCCGCCAUGGCCGACGUCAGAAGGGAGGAACGGGAGUAUCGAACAGACCGAUUGUGAUUGUUUUCCCAGGUUUGUUUUUUUACAUUUAUGUUUCUUCUGGUUCCACAAAGCUAAUUUAUUUGUGGAAGUAAACCUGGGGUUCAUAGGCAGCAGUAUUUACAUAAGUUGGAAAUGGCUAGCUUAGAAACCAACCCAUACCUUUGUCUUUCUGAUGUAUUCGUUGAUUUCAUCAAGUCAGACUUUGCUUGAAUUCACAUACCACUUUAUAAACAAUGGUUUGUCUUACACCAUAGAACACCUAAAAGUCUGCAAAAGUCUAAGAAAAUAGAUAAAUAUUGUAGAAUCAAUUUUAUUAUACAGCUCUACUUACCCAUGCAAAAAAAAAAUUAUGGAAAAACAAAAUUGUGCUGUUUCUACUGGGCACAUUAAUUUUCAAAAUGUCAAUGAAAAUGCAGCUACAGAUUACAUCUUAAUAAUCUCACUUCCUUAACAGGUGUAUAAACAUUAAUUUUCUCACCUUGCAAAAAAAAAAGUUUGCUUCAAAUCUGUGAGUACAUCAAGGGCUGCUAAUGGCUACUAUCCAUCGCUGUCUUCUUUCCUUGUCAAAAGGUUUCCAGACAAUAAGUUUGCUGUGGGCUCAGGUCCGUUUUCAGCCGAUCUGUGAAUAUUUUUAUUGUGAAAUCAUCUACAUACAAGCAGUAUUAGGCUGCCAUUGUCUGAUUUUUGAUCAGCUUUGUAGAAGCUAACGUGUACGUAUGUUGAUUUGACUUCCAUCAUGGCGGAGUGGGCUGCUUUAUGAACAGCAUGACGUCAAGUGCAAAGGGUCAAUUGCUUUGUUUAAGAAUCGAUUCCACUUGAUUAAUUGGGCAAAUUAUCAUAUCGCUAAAACUCCAUUCUGGGUUUCCUAAUUACCUAUGACAAUUCACCACCACAUGCUCCUAGCAUAAAUAAAAGUGAAGGCUGGAAGCUAAGACGGUUUUCACUGUUCGUAUUAAUGUAGAUGAAAUUAUAUUGGGUAUUUGAACUAUUAAAACAGCCAGGAUUAAUUGUUUUUGUACAUUUUUUCACAUAUUUCUACUUUUUAUGGACAGCUGUGGUCUCUAACCCCCAUGAAUACCAGGGUCCGCUGAGCUGUUAUCAACUAUGCUAUUUUAUGAGAAAAGCCAUAAAACAAACAAAAAAAAAUAGCCAAAAAUGUAGUUUUUUUUUUUUUUUUGAUGACAAAUCCAGAAAUUGGUAGUGUUUUUAUUGAGAUAUUUUUGCCAAAUGCUUUUGGAUGAAAUUGCAAAUGUAUUUUUUUUUUUUCUUUCUUUCUUUUUCCUUGAAAAAUCAAUGUAUUUAAAAAAUUUUAACAUUUUUUCCUUCCCACCAGUUAUUUUUAAUCCCUUUUUUGGCUUUAAACGCAAGUUGUUUUAGAAACUUUGAAUUUUACUAAGCAUUUGUGGAUACAUUUAGACUGUUUGGCAUAUUAGUCUGAAUAUUUUAGUCGCCUCAGUGAUCCCUCUGCCUAUGCACACAUCAUUUAAAAUGUUUUUGUUUUUUGGGACUUUGUACAGAUAUAUUUAGUUGUUUUUCUACUGAGCUUGUAGCUGAAACAUUUUUGCUCUCACUUCUCUGAAGAGAUUCAAACCAAAAUACUAAAGUCUUAUGACAGAGGGAGAAGGCUUUUUAUCUACUUCUAUUUAAACCUGGAGAUUUUUAUAAUAUAAAGAGAAGCUGAAAAAAAGCAACAAAAACAAAACAGAGGUUGUUGUAUAGAGUCGGACAGAAAUAGGCCAAAGGUAUUUUUCUCUAAUAUAUUUUGGGUAUAAGUGUGUAUAUUUUCUAAAGUCUACCUGUGGCUGUCUCUGACGCGGGUGUAUAUCUGUCACUGUCUCUCUGGAGGACACUAAUCUGACUUUCUCUGCGUUGCUUUCUCGUGUGCCAGCUAACCGAUUUAUCCAGUGGAAAUGGAACAGGUGGACUUGUUGAUGUGCUUCCGUCAGAUGCAGUUGGUUUAAUGUGCCAAAACACACAGUGCUACCAAGAAAGAAACGGACAAGAAGUGUAAUGACGAGACAAAAUGUGGGAAAGUUCCAGCACUGUACGUUUCUGUGUCUGCCCCCUAGGGGCCGCCGCCUGUCAUUAAUUUCUUAAAACUCGAUGAUUCAUGGAUAUCUGAUAUUGGGACACAGGUAGAGGAGUGAGCUAAUCAUCAUGCCUCUCGUUCAGGCCUGGACUGCUGAAGUGUGUUGUUUUUUUUUUUGUUUUUAAGACAUUUUGAAAUAAUUAUAAUUUUGAGUUUGAAAACGUCUGAGAACAAAAAGUCAGAUUCUCACAGCUCUGGAGAGCAAAUUUCCAGUUAAUGUAGCAAAACAUUCCUUUGGCCUACUGACUGCGCUGAAGAAGCUUUUUCUGUGUGUGCGUGAAUGUGUGUGUGUGUUUCAGGCUGGAGUUGUUGCUGUGUGAGAUUACAGACUGUGUGACUCUGGGUGGGCUUGGUUUACUGCACUGUUGAUGCCUCAUUACCCAGCGUGCUUCAUCAACAGUAUUUUAUAGUGUGUGUGUGCGUGUGUGUGUGGGGGGGGUGUGCUUGUGUGUGUGUGUGUGGCCUUUGGCAUCAUUUUGCUCUGCAGACCUGGCAAAAAUGGAUGCUUUAAAGGGGCAGAAAAAAAUGCGUUGCCCUCAUUGUAGUAAAAGAACAAGAUGUUUCACCUCUUGAACUUUGAACCACAUCGUUUUAGGACAGUUUUGUGGUGGACUGAAGAUGAACACCUAACUAUCUCACCGCAAAUACAAAACCACAAAAUGUUACCAAGUAUUUUUUAUUUAGUUUCAAGUACAAAUAUCUUAGUUCACUUACAAUAACUUACUUUUCAGCAAGAUAGGAGUCAAUUUCUUAAUAUUAAAAGGAGGACUAGUUUCAGUGGCAGAUUAUUUCAUUUAUUGCACUGAGAAAACGUCAGCCAGUGGAACCAGUUAUUAUGAAUAUUAAUGAAUUCUUGAGUUAAAACAAGCCCCUAUGUCAGGCUGAAAGUUUUUUUAUUUCCAUCAAAAAUCAGACCAAAAAUACUUAGUAAGUUUUUGUGUUUACAUUCCUUCGCUUCCAGAACCAACCAUCUUCUACUUGCUGUUCAGCUGAAAUAUUUUAUCUUAUUCACUUGUUUAAAAAUUUUCUUCUCUUGGGGUCUUUUAUAUUACAACUUGAUAGAGUUGUGAUAUAAAAUAAUCAAAAAAGGCACAGAAAAUGUUUAUUUCCAGUCUCUGUGCCAUGAGCAUUUUUAUUUUAAACGGGCUUUCACAUCUUGUAUUACAGAGGUGUGUGUUCAGCACAGAGUAUUUCUACCUGCUCUUCAAAAUAAAAGUGUAAAAAAACAAAUAAUUUAGAGGUUUAGAAGAGUUGAGUUCUGGAGUGGUUCAGUCUUAAAAAUGCUUAAUAUUCAGAUUGAGGCUAACUUUUGUAUUCAGGUGGAACUAUUAUGGUGCAGGUUGUUUUCUGUUUGCUCCAGAGGAAGAACAGAUGGAGAUGAAAGGUCGCCCUCCGCAGGCAGGCAGCCGGUACUGCAGUGGCAUUAAAACGUUUGUUAGUAGAAACCGAACAUCAGUUAAAAACUAGAGCUGCCCCUUUACAGCAUCCACCAGAACAUGGUCUGCUUUAUGUUUCUAGCUUGUCUGGAGAGCCAGAAAGAAACUUUAACAUUCUUGAAGUGCAGUGUUGUUGUUUUGUUUGUUUUUUCCAUCUUGGUUUCCAAAGCUUUAGCCACUUCCAGAUUCAGCAGUAAAAUAAGGAAUUUAAAUUUUGAAACUAGACAAAAAAAAAAGGCUUCCACUGGAUGGAUUUAAUAGU